AUGGAAAUUGUGAGACUUGAUGAUGGAUCUGAAGGAGGUGAGAGGGGUAGAGAGGAAAAUAUAAUUGAGGAAAAAAAUAUAGAACCGAUGAGAGAGGAGGAAAAGGUGAGAGAGAGGGAGAAACCAGAGGAAAGAGUUUGUGGCCCCAGUGGACAUGUCGUCUUCCCUGCCGCUGAACUUCUUACAUCCAACCAUAACAUCAACCCCCCAACUUAUCGAACAGAAUCAAUAAGCUCAGCUGGACGUGGACAGAAGGAUUUGAGAUAA